AUGCCCAAAGGACACCUGUCCUGGUGUACGGGUUCAUCGUCUCCUCUAGGCUCGCAUCAACAUUUCAAGUAUCUUCAUACGAAUCUUCCUACUGCAGACGGGGUCAUGGCUUCCAAUGGUAGUUCCAAGAGUCCCCUAAUAGAAGAUACAUCUAUGGAGCCGUAUACGGACCCAUUACAGAAACUUGCCGACAUUGAGCUUUUGCCCGACUUAUUCGCAUUAAUGCAAAGUUUAGAGAACGGAGAGAUUCAGGCCAAGGACUUUGACAAUAACGCGGGUGCCAUAAGAUUGAAGGUCAGCAACAUUUGGCUGUAUUUGCAUGAAGUGGAUGGAAUCUGUGAAACGGUGGAAGAACGGGAAAAAAAGAUUGCGUCUAUACGGCAUUGCAAUAGUGAAAAAAUAGCCUUCUUGAAGCUGUUUCAGGAGCAGGUUGUCAAGCGCUUGAGCAAGGAGGAUACGGCAUGA